AUGUUUAGGCUUGGCAACGGCUUUGCUGAGGAAGCUGUCGAGUGGACUGCCCUAGGGUCUCAGGUGUGUGAACCUGAUGAGAUUUGUCAAGAAACACUGCUGCUCAUAGACGUAGGUGUAAAAUCUCUCAUAUUGGCGAGCAAAGGCCUCAGCAAAGCUGCCAGUAACACGACCCUCGAUGUCCAGGAGUUUUCCAAAAAACCUGGAAUAGUGGCUGCCUCUUAUGUCCACUUCUGUGACACUGAACUGUGCAACAACGCUUCCAGCACCAGAGUCCUACUUGACAAACUGUCACUUACAAACUCCUCUCAGCUGAACAUUCACCAGUGUCCUGUCUGCUUGAGAUUUCACGGUUCCUGCUCCCAAGAAUCCAAAUUUACCAUCUGCCCUAAGUCCACCCGCUGCUAUUACAGUGACAUAACAGUAGAAGGAGGUCAGUCGUGA